UCUCUCUCUCUCUCUCUCGUACAUUUUACGCACGUACAUUGGGAGGAUCAAAACAAAUUGUUUAUAUCUACCCGGAAGCAUUUGAGUGUUGCGCCACACACUUUACAAUGGCAGCAUGUGUAAACGAGGAUGACACUAAUGAGGACAUCAACGACCCCGGCGCGGCUCCGUAUGGAAACUUUAUCAAUUAUUACACUUUUAACCCACCGGAGAACAGAUUAAGUGUUAUUCCCAGAACACUUCUUAAGGAUUUAGGCUACAACGACCCCCGUCAAACAACAUUGCUGCUGGACGUGGGCUGUAACUCGGGGGAACUAAGUGUCGCCCUCUACAAGCAUCUGGUGGAGACGCAAGGCGGAACCAACGUUCACCUACUGGGCUUGGAUCUGGACGAGACCCUCAUCGGGCGAGCCCAGGAGAAUAACCCCCUCCAGGGCGUCGUCACCUUCACCCUGUUGGACAUCACCGGUGACUGCGCGCCGCUGCGGGAACACCUGGCCCGUCACGAGCGCUCCAGCUUUCACCUGACCCUGUGCCUGGCCGUCACCAUGUGGGUCCACCUGAACCACGGCGACGCCGGCCUGCUGCGGUUGCUCUCACGACUGGCCGAGCUUAGCCGGCAUCUUCUGCUGGAGGCGCAGCCCUGGAAGUGCUACCGCUCGGCGGCCCGCAGGCUUAGGAAGCUUGGGCGCUCGGACUUUGACCAUUUCAAGAGUCUUAAAGUGCGCGGGGACAUGAGCGAACACGCCAGGCAGCAUCUGGAGAAACAUUGCGACAUGGAGAUGGUACGCAGCUUCGGCAGAACCGCGUGGGACAGGAAAUUGUUGCUUUUUAAGAGGAAGUGAGAUCGAAGUACAGUACAGUUUUUUCGAGUGGAAACACGCACUCACUAAAAUUAUUGUAAAUGCUAUUCCAGUAUCCCCCCCAAACCCAACAACGAGUGUUUCUCAAUAGAAAAAAAAAUAGCACUACGCAGUAUUUAACAUUAUUAAAACAUACAAACAGAAAGUUAAGGCUAAUAGUUGGUGCAUCUUGAUUUCAUGCUUUUUUUUUACAAUAAAAACAAACUCACUUUAA